ACUUUGUUGAAAUAUUGAAGAACAGAGCCACCUUAAUUAGAGUAAGACCACAUCACAAGGCUGUGUUCAAUGUUCCAUGGAGCUUAACAGCUGAUGCGGAAAGUUUUCCCUUCUCUAUCUUCUCAUUGAUUGACCCCAGAGCCGCGAGGCCGUCACCCGUGAUCAACAAAAAGCACCAGAAAAUUCCCCCUCGAUUGUGGUCUCUCGUUUGCCGCUGCGCACUUGCCUUGGUUAUGUAUGUGUCGUGCAAUGGAGGCAGACCCCCAGAUUCAUGGAGAAUCCAGAGAGAAGCAGCUCAGGAAGCAGCUCGCUGCCACUGUGAGGAAGAUCCAGUGGAGUUACGCAAUCUUUUGGUCCAUCUCCAGCAGCCAACCAGGGGUCUUGGCGUGGACUGAUGGAUACUACAAUGGUGAAAUCAAGACAAGGAAGACUACGCAGCCCGCCGAGCUAAAUUCAGAACAUAUUGCCCUCCAGAGGAGUGAAGAGUUGAGAGAAUUAUAUGAAUCACUUUCGGCGGACGAUAGAAAUCAUCACACAAGAAGGCCUUCAGCUUCAUUGUCUCCUGAGGAUCUCACUGAUACAGAGUGGUAUUACUUGGUUUGCAUGUCCUUCACCUUCAUUGCAGGACAAGGAUUGCCAGGCAAAGCCUAUGCGAACGAUCAGUAUGUGUGGUUGAACAAUGCUCAAUUCACGGAUAGCAAGAUCUUCUCGCGCUCGCUACUUGCAAUGAGUGCAUCUAUUCAGACUGUAUUAUGCAUCCCUUUCAUGAAUGGUGGGCUGGAGUUUGGCACAACUGAAUUGAUUUUGGAGGAUCCAGCUUUUGCUAAGCAAAUCACAAGUCUCUUGUGGGAGCUACCAGUUCCGGUUUGCUCCGAGCAAUCUGUAUCCACUCCUGAAAUGGCUGAAAUGGCCGUUAACGAUCAAGUGAUUCAAAAUCAAAAUCUCGGUGACGAUAUAGACAAUUCUAUGGCCUUGGAGGAUGAAACUUGGGACAUGGAAAGCCAAAACCUACUGGAGAUUAGCCCGGCGCAGUUUCCUUUCACUCUUUGCUCAUAUGCAGCUACCAAAGACGAGGCAGAGAAGUUCCAUUUUGAUAUCAGCGAAGAACUAAACACUGGUUCUCCCGGUGAUGGUUCAAAUGAGUGCUUCCAAACUCCACAAGUCGACGAUCUGUUAGAAAUGAAUGGGCUAAAUUGCAUGUCUCAGGCUGAAAACGAACAUUUUGUGCAUGAUGAACUCAGUAAUUGCCUCCAUGGUUCUCUAAACUCGAACGAGUGUGCAUCAUUGUCCUUCGUUGAUGCCCAACGGCUUCUCUCUUCGGCGACCAACGGGGUUCAAGAUGGCGACGACUUACACUAUGCGAGGACACUUGUUAGAGUUUUAUGCAACUCAAAACAGGUAAAACCAGCCCCAUGCUUCUCAAAGCUUUCUAACAAAUCGAGUUUUAUUGCCUGGAGAAGUGGCUCGAACAACACGAAGCCAUUCAACGCCGAGCCACAAAAGCUGUUGAAGAAGAUUAUAAUCAAUGGAGAAUGGUUGCUCAAUGGCUGCUUUCUAAAUUGCCAAGAAGAACAUGGUUUACCGGAGAAUUUGUCAAAGGAAGGAUGGCCAGGCGCAACCCGUGCUUUGUCGGAGAGAAAGAGAAGGGAGAAGUUGAACGAGAAAUUUGUGGCUUUGCAAUCACUGAUUCCUUCCAUUAGCAAGCUUGACAAGGCAUCCAUCCUUGGUGACACAAUUGAUUACCUGAAAUAUCUCGAGAAAAGAGUGCAGGAGCUGGAAUCCUGCAACAAGUCGGACGAUCUUGAUAUAACUGAGAGAACAUCCGACAACUAUGGCAACAAAGCCAUCACCAUCGGCAGGAAGGCCUUGGCACACAAGCGCAAAGCUUCAAAUUUCCUCGAAGCAGAAGCUGAACAUGGCCCGAUCGGUGUCAAUGUCACCUUCAAUGAAAAAGAGGUCAAGGUAGUGAUGCAUUGCCCGUGGAGAGAAUGCCUGUUGCUCAAGAUUGUAGAAUCUAUGGGAAACUUCCAUUUGGAUCCUGUAUCAAUGCAGUCUUCAAUCGUCGACGAUGUUCUUGCACUGACUAUAACAUCCAAGUUCAGAGGCACCACUGUGGCCUCACCAGGUAUGAUAAAGAGAUCACUGCAGAGUGUAAUUUGUACACGCUUGUGAUGGAGCUGCAGUUAGAUCUGUAAUGGUGAAUUGAGUUUUGCAGCAUAGCCAAAUCUUUGACAGGUUAAAUCAUUCCAUUUGUAUUAGCUAGGCAUCAGUUUCAUCACUAGAUUCAAUCCGCAAUGUAGAGAUGUUUGUAUAAAUGCUGCCUGUGUACAUUAAUUCCUUGGCUUUUCUGUUAGUUCUUUCUUAAUAAAAAAGCUAUUUAGGGUUUCAA